AUGAGUUCCACCGAUAACGACUUGUCAGAGCAACAAAAGGCCAGGACGGGCAAGAGGCGGGGUAAGGAUAGCAAUGAUGUCCAUGGAACGGGCAACUCGUCGUGGAAACAUCGUCGUGAAUACAGCACUUUCAGCUAUCAACCUUUGCCACGCAGCCAGGGGACCAUUCGGAUCCUUGAGCUUUUCUCUAGCGAAACUUCGGCUGCUGGAGUUCUUUGUGCAUUGAUCACACCAGGCGAGAACGAGAGACACCAAUAUCCCUAUGAAGCCUUGUCGUGGUGCUGGGGCACAGCAGGCAAGUCUGCUGAGAUCAGGAUUCAACGCAAUCGCAAGACAUACAUCAAGAAAGUGAGCCCGAACCUUGUGGCUGCUAUGAAGGCACUUCGCUACCCGGACCGUAGCCGCUUCCUGUGGAUUGACAUGGUUUGCAUCGACCAAGACGAUCGCAUGGCACUGCGCUUCAUCAAGAAAGAAGUCUCACAUUUACGAAGCUUCGACACCCUCUGCGACAGUCAGGACGCGAGCAAGAAAUGGGUCGCUUUACUAGAUCUGAUGCAAAGACCAUGGUUCUCACGACGGUGGGUUGUUCAAGAAUUGGCCUUGGCGAAGAACCCUAUCAUCUACUGCGGCAGAGAUAGGAUCUCUUGGAAGAAAUUCGCUGUUGCCGUGGAACUCUUCGUGGAGGUGGAAACAGCGACGCAUCGCCUGUCGGAGGUCAUGAAGAAAGAUCGACAGUACCAGUAUAUUCCCAGUGUUUUCGACUACGUCUCUGCCCUCGGCGCUAGCUUGCUUGUUGAUGCGACAGAGCGCCUGUUUCGCGACUACAAGAAAUCCGAAGUAGCGCAACCCGUGCCAGACCCUCUGGCACAGAUUGAGUCAAUCACCGAUUCGGAUAGCGAAGCCUUUUCUGACCCAAGCGACAGCGAAGACGACUACACAUCUGCACCCCUUCAUUCAAGCCAUGUAGAGGACGUAUCUGGUAGCUCGAGACAUCGUAUACAGCCUCUUCUGAGUCUGGAAUAUCUGGUAUCAAGCUUGACCAUUUUCGAUACCACCGUUCCUCACGACACAAUUUAUGCACUGCUUGCGAUCGCGAAGGACACUACACCACGAGCCGUGAGCGUAAAUGCUGCUGUCACGUCUAGAAGCGCUCAAGCAGGCCUUGAGGUUUACACACAGCGCAAGAGCUACAACGUCGACUACAAACUGCCGUACGUAGAUGUAUGCAAGGACUUCAUUCAGUUCUCGAUCGACCGUUCUCUUCACGGCAACGCAAGUCGCGCGCUGGAUGUCAUUUGCCGCCCAUGGGCCAUCGAGGAGAGGAAGCUACAAAAGAUGCGGGAUACCAAGGAGAAAGAGAAGGAGAAAGAACAAAGAAGGAAGAAAAGAGAGAAGGACCUUGAAGCACGCCGCAAGGGACGCGAGAGCCGUAGAGCACUUUCCAAUCAUGCCGAACCUCCUGACCCACCUGAGGGAGCAUCUGUUCAGAACGUAUCUACGAUUGCUGAAUCGGGGGAUAUGGCAUUGCCUUCCUGGGUACCACAACUCUCGAAUGCACCAUACGCGAUGGCCCAACGGCCGGGUUUGACCGGCCCCAAGAUGAGUCGCAUUAACGCCGAUCCUUUGGUUGGACUUCCAAGUUCCUACUCUGCUGCUGAGACCAAGGGCGUCGACAUCAAGGCACUCCGAUUUCGUAAGCGACUGAAACCUGGGCACUUUGACGAGGGUCGAUUCAGCAUGUACGUCCGCGGCUUCACGCUUGAUGUUAUAAAGGAUGUCACACAGGUAUCUCGCAACGGGCAUAUUCCCGCAGAAUGGCUUGAUCUUGCAGAGUGGGAAGACGGAAAAGGGUUCCCACCUGAUAUGUUUUGGCGGACGCUCGUCGCCAACCGGGGCAAAGAUGGCAAGAAUCCACCCGUAUACUACUCGCGGGCUUGCCAAGAAUCGUUCAGAAAAGGUGGUCUUGAGAGCGGCGCAAUCGACACUACCGCGCUCAUUGAAUACGAACGCAAUUCUGUCGUCGCCCAGUUCUGUCGCCGUGUGCAGGCCGUCACAUGGAACCGUGCUCUUGUGCGUACCGAAAGCGGGACACUAGGGCUGGUCGGGAAAGAUGUCCAAAAAGGCGAUUUGGUCUGCAUACUCUACGGAUGCAGUGUUCCGGUCGUGCUGCGGGAAUGCCCGAAGAAGACUGAAGAAGUAUUCAAGGAAGAGAUGGAACAAGAACUGGUCGAUGUCAAGAAUACUGUUGUAAAGAAACUGAGGCAAUACAUCUUGCGUAAACGACGACAUGAAGCUUGGAAAGACAAAGAGAUGGCAAGGCUGUGUCGAGUAUGGCUGCGAACCACCGACUACAUGCGUAGCCACGGUAUCGAUCCUUCCAGAAUGUCAUCCAAAGACAAGCAAAAAACCGCGAGCAUCCUUCUACACACGUUGAAGCAAGCCAUAACCGACUUCAAAUCCUGGUUAUGCGCAGAGCGCAAGAAGGUAUGGCCCGCAAUUGAGACCCGCAUUAACGAGGAGGUGAAUGAGAGAAAGGAGUACCCUAGAAGGAAGGUGAACAGGCCAGGCAAAAAGGAGACGGACGAAAACCUGCGCCGACAGACAUCACGAAAACGGAGACAAUCACUGGGUGCUGCAACCAUGCUGGGGAGAAUUACUGAAGUACCAACAACGACUGAAGGUGCUCCCCCUGCCACUUCUAAAGAAGGCCCCACAGCCACCAAGAAGAAGAAACCAUUGGUAGACUGGUGGGAUUUCGAGCUGGCACUUGUUGCCGGUAGGCGCUGGUUGCAAAUGACCAGAAAAGGGAAGGCCAAUCGGAUCAACUUUGCGCUACAGUACAGUGAACAUCUUUGGAAACAAAUGCAGCAUGGCGAAUACGAGGCUGUCAAAAUGCGCGUGGAGAAAGGAAAUAUCAAGAAGAUGGAUGACCAGACGGAUCAGCACCGGUACCGCGUGAUGAGCGAACGCCACACCCACAAUGGAGGUGUGACUGGUGGCUACCAGAUAGCGAACAAGGGACUCGAAAGGAAUGACUCACCGACAAGAGACAACGAGGAGCAUCGAAAUGAUCAGGACGAUGAAUACUCUCAGUAUCAUGGAGACAACGAGGAGCCUGACAGCACUGAGGGUCACGGAAAGACCGAGAGAGAAAUUGAUGCGUAUGACGGUGACCACAAGACAGAAUCGGAACCUUACGGGAACGGAGAGACGUCUCAGGCAAGUUCAAGAUCGUCGAGCUCGAGACCCUUUACUGCACAUGCGCCGCCUAACAUCCCAGCGGCCAUCCGGCCCAGCUGGCGCCGCCCCGUAAACAAAACGAAGUUGGAGGCUGACGAGAUAGAAGAAUACGAUAAGAAAGUCAGGGAAAAUCUGCGUGAGAGGCUCGGCGACGAAGGCUACUUUUCUUACACGCUUCUUGGCGAGUGUUACAUUCAUGGAAUGAUGGAUGGUGAGGCAAUGCAGCACCAGAAUGAGGGUGCUGAAGGGGUCAUUCCUUCGAUGGUGUUCGAGAUUCAACUCAUCGAAACCAUGGUUGCCCACUGCGCGCUAUGCCCUGACGAAGGCAAGCUCAGAUGUGUCGCCUGUAACGGAAUCCAGUACUGCUCCAAGCGGUGCCAAAAGGCCGAUUGGAAAGUCCACAAGCUCAUUUGCAAGUCCUUCAGCGAGCACAUGAAAAACCGGCCCAGUCAAAAGCACUACAGCAUCAUUGUCUUCCCGAAAGAUGAAGAGGCGCCUCGCUUCGAGUGGACUCUAUUCGAGCCUGGCACCUACAACGCCAAGAUUCCGUCGCCCAAGAAAGCGUACGUACAAGAGCUGGGCUUCGAAUUUUAUGGCGUAAACUGCAACAAUCGCAACAACCCCAUAGGAUACUUCGAGGAAGACAGCACCGAUUACACGACUAAGAGGCACAUUGCUGGAAAGCAUCUCGGAUUGCUCUUUACGAGAAACCUGGGAUCUUUCGAAGAGCCUUUGCCGGAGGAUAUACCAAUCAACAAGAGCUUGAUGGACAUCGAUCCUGAGCUUGCGCGACUCCACGGCAAAGGUCACGUCCUUGCCUGGGGCUGCCAUUGUCCUGAAGACAGACGCAAAACCUCCGAUCUCAACUGCACACCGGCAGACUUCCGCCACGCCGUCGAUGCCCUGAGGAAGAACCAUUACAAAGACAGCCUGCGGGCGAAGGAGGUCAUAUCAAGGAAGACUGGUGGUGUCCUCGCCGUGCGCCUCACGUGCGUGGGCGACAAGCUAUUCUUCGGCCAUCCAACAUAUGAGAGCCAAAUCGAGCCGCGCUCCAUCCUGAGCAAGGACUCGCAGGUCCCCUGCCCAGUCGCCGACAGAGUCGGCAUUCCACUCAUCAUCCGGAAAGAGCCCCCUGCGCUCUCUUGGCGCGACCGCGACGUCGAGUCCCGUCGGGAGAACCACAACGCGGCGAUGCUCAACCCGCCUAACCAGAAGACUAAGACCGGCACUCUGAUCAUUGCUCGCAAGGAUGGCAAGCCGCUGUUGCCUACGCACCUCUUCUGCCUCAUCAUCUAUACUGGCGAGAGGCUCCAAGACCCGAAGUACGGUGAGGACGGCCAUCGUCUGCCGAGUAUGAUGUUGCAGAGCCGUUUGAACCUGGUGUCUCCGGAGGACUUUGAGGAGUAUUACAACAACGAGUGGCAUCGCUUGAAGCUUAGUGAGAGGUUCGUCCCAUCGCCUUACCAGAUGUAUGAUGAUUAUGAUGGCGAGAUUCAUCCUAUCAAUAUGAGAUAG